UGUAUGUAUGUAAUUACAUAUACACAAAUCUCAUAAUAAUGUAUAAUAAUCGGAAGUGAUUGCAAAGUUUUUAUUAGAAAAAUAUAUUCUUUUUAUCAUUAUUAAAUCACGAAUGUGUAAUUUCUUUCAAUUUUUAAUUGUGUAAAAUUUCAAAUUCUUUGUUUAUAAAACGACAAGGCAAAAUUCGACGUCACAAAUCAAAAUGUCAGACAUCGAUAAAUGGAUAGAUAUUGCAAAAGAAUGCAAAUAUUUACCUGAAAAUGAUCUCAAGAAACUUUGUGACAUUGUAUGUGAUUUAUUGAUAGAGGAAUCCAAUAUUCAACCAGUUUCAACACCAGUAACUGUUUGUGGUGAUAUUCAUGGCCAGUUUUACGAUCUAGAGGAACUUUUUCGAAAUGGAGGUCCUGUACCUGAUACAAAUUACAUAUUUAUGGGAGAUUUUGUCGAUAGAGGUUAUUACAGCUUAGAAACAUUUACUCGUCUUUUAACAUUAAAGGCAAAAUGGUCCAACAGAAUAACUUUAUUACGAGGAAAUCAUGAAUCGCGUCAAAUCACCCACGUUUAUGGAUUUUAUGACGAAUGUCAAAACAAAUAUGGUAAUGCGAAUGCAUGGAAAUAUUGCUGUAGGGUAUUUGAUCUGCUCACAAUUGCUGCCUUAAUCGAUGAACAAGUUCUUUGUGUACAUGGAGGUUUAUCUCCACUAAUUAGGACAUUAGAUCAAAUUAGAACGAUUGAAAGAAAUCAGGAAAUUCCACAUAGAGGUGCAUUUUGUGAUUUGGUUUGGUCGGAUCCAGAUGAUGUUGAUACGUGGACUGUUAGUCCUCGUGGUGCUGGUUGGCUUUUUGGAAGUAAAGCAACUCAUAUGUUUACGGAAAUUAAUGAUUUGAAAUUAAUUUGUAGAGCUCAUCAAUUAGUUCAAGAAGGUUAUAGGUACAUGUUUAAUGAUAAAUUAAUUACUGUAUGGUCAGCGCCAAAUUAUUGUUAUCGUUGUGGUAAUAUUGCGAGUAUAUUGCAAUUUACAACAGUUGACGAUAGAAAACCAGUGCUAUUUCAAGCAGUACCAGAUUCUGAACGUGUGAUUCCUCCUAUAAUUACAACUCCAUAUUUUUUGUGAUUCAACAUGGCAAUUUUAUUUGGAUCCAGAAAAAAAACGAAAAAAAGGAAUGAUCAUUUUGAUCUGGACUUUAUGGAAAAUUACAUGACUGUCUGGAUUCGGCUGAUAAUAAUGAUCAUCAUGAUGGCAGGUUAAAUUUCCCCUUCAAAAAAAAAAAAAAAAAAUAGCGUACGCAAUUAUUUUUUUUUAUACAAUUCAAAAAGAAAAAUAGAAUAUUAUUCUCCUUGGAAAUCCAAGGUUUGGCGGGAACGACUUAAUCAUGAGAUUAUACUUAUUGAGCUUAACGUUCCAAAAAAAUAUGGACCUUUUAAAUGAACACACUUUGAAAAAAAAAAGGCUGAACCUCCUUUAGUCGCUAUGGCGAUUAAUAGUUGUCCAAAAGAAAUUCUUUUUAAAUGUGGCGCAGGUUUUCGUGCAUGCAAAACGAAUCUUAGAUGCUUUUUGUUUGCCUUCUACUCACAUUUUUAGGAACAUUUACACAACCUUUCCAAAACUCUCUCUCUCUUAUGAGAAUUUACAAAAUACCUGAUAUAUUAUCAACGACAGAAAAAAUAAAACAUUCCGUGAAAAUUCGAGAGAUGUCAAUGCGUUUUAGAAUUCAGGUUUCCUUUUUGCAAACUAUUAAGGUCUUCCUGAUAAUGUUUCCGAAAGAAAAAAUUAAUAAUUUUUUUUCUACAACAUCUUAUUUUAGAAACGAUAAAUUAUUUUUAAAAUAGGAAUUCAAGAAUAUUAUUGGAUUCAAAUUAAUUAUUGUCUCCUAUUCCUUAAAUUUAAAAAAAAAUCUUUGUACAUUUUUCACAAUCAAGUGUAAUUAUAGGGGGAGCAAGUAUUUUUUUUUAAAUAAAUAAAGCACCGAAACCCUUAGCAAUGUGCCUCUAAAUUAAUAAGUGUAUCUCUUUUCUCUAAAUUUGAGAGAAGAAAAGAAUUUCAUGAAACCUGAAUUCCAUACGCUAACGACGCAUUUCCAUGUCCCGAUCACAGACCCAAUUCGAUUAAUUGUAUUAUAAUAAUAUAUAUAUAGACAUUAAUCGAAAAAAAAACCUUGAACCUGCUCUAUUUUCAAUUUUGUGAUAUGGAUCGUGCUGAGCCUAGAAAUCGACAAUUCAUUCUAUUUCCAACUCUGUGUGCAAAAUUUUUUUUUCACAAAAAAAAUUCAAUUUCAUUUUUUAAUUGUUUAUAUUUUAACCCUUGAACAGUGCCUUCAGAAUGUAUAAGACGGCGAUCUAUUAGAAAAUAACGUUUUAUAUCACGAUAGAUUGUGUGUGUGAAAUGACAAUGAAUUUUUUGAAAAGAAAUAUGAUUAUUGAAAAAAAUCGCACUUGUUUUUUUUCUCUUUUUUUUUUUGUAAUGCUUCCUAAAAAUCGCUGGUACGAGGAAUUAUAUUUUUUCUUUUCAAUUUUUGUCUUUUUUUAUUCAGUAAUUAAGUGCUCAUAAAUAACAUAAAGUUCUAUUUUUGUGAGAAAGGAGCUUUCUCAGGUGUUUACGUGCCAAUAACAAAAAAAAAAAAAUUUCCAACACGUGCGGUUUUUUUCUUUCAAAAAAAAAAUCCCCUUUAUUUAUGGAUUUGAUUUAUUUUUUUUAAACAUUUUUUUUGUGCACGAAUUUUGUAAACAUUAAAGUACAAAAUUAUUUUUCUAAUAUAUACAAUUCUUUUUUUUUUUAAAUAGAGAUGGGUUUAAUAGUGAAAGGAUGCAACGUUGCCUUAUUCAAUUUUCCAAGUUUUUUUUUCAAAUUAUUAAUUAAAUUUUUUUUUAACAUUUUGAAUUGUAAUUUAUUGAAUCAAUUUUUUUUUUCUUUUCUUUAUUAGGAAAGAAUUUUUUUGUGUACAUUUUUUUUUUUUUUUUUUUUUGAACACUGAGUUGGCAUUAGAAAAUAAUAAUUAUAAAUCGAUUGAACAGUCUCUUAUAUAAAGAGUAUAAGAAAACGGCGAGAAAAAUGAGAAUUUUUUGCGUAGCGGAUACAAACUUAAGAAAAAAAAAAAAAAAAAAAUUUAGACAAGUAUUAGAAUCCGCUGUCGUCUUGCCAAUUUCUCGCCCUUUAUCGUAUUUUAUGCGCCUCUGUCUGUGAUCGCUUUUAAAUCUUUAUCAAGAUGUCCAAGCGUUUAUUAAAAAAUAAAAAAAAAAAAAAAAGAAAAAAGAAAAAAAAGAAAAAAAAAAGAAUUUUUUUAUUUGAACUUUUGUUUUUUGUUACAUAAUUUUUUUUUCAAUUAAUUAUUUUUAACUUAAAAGUUGAAAAAAAAAUUAAAAUAAAUUUCUAAUUUAUUUCCAAAUAAAUAUAUGAAUAUUUUAAAGAUGAGAAAAAAAACAUAUCAUUUUUUUUUUUUUUAGAAUCGCCUUAAAUUUAUUUUAUGGUGGUGUUUUUUUUUUUAAUUCACUAUACGCUUUAAAUUAUUUCUUUUUUUUGGCGAUUUUUUUAGUUGCGAAUCGUCUCUGCUCAAUGGUUUUUUUUUUUUUUUAUUAUUAAUUAUCAAAGCUUUUUGUGUAUUAUUGAAUAUUUAUUAUCGGCUGAAAAAUUAUUUUUUCCUUAGAUGUGCAAAGUAAAUAUUGUAAAUAAUCGAUGUUUUUUUUUUUUUAUAUUAUUAUUCACUAGAAAAAAUAAUUCUUUCGUUGUGAAUAAUUUUUUCAUAUUAUCUGUGGAAAAAAUUUAUUCUUCCCGAAUGAAAUUUCAAUCUUUUUUGAUACAUAUAGGGAAUAUUAAAUAAUAGACUCUAUUAGCAAUAAAUAGCAAAAAAAAAGAAAA